AAGAAAGGGUUAGGGGAAGGGCAUCGAACUUUCUUGUGGAUAUGGACGGCUAAAGGAGGUGAUGGGUCUGACAUUGAGAAGGGAAUAGAAGAUACAGAAGGUCUACGCGUUGAAUGGCUAAAGGUGUCCGAGCGUACAAAACGAUGGGAAGAGGAAGUCAGCUUACUGAAGGAGGAAAUGAGGCGGGUUCGAGCAUACCUAGAGCACAGAGCGUGCUGGUGGGAGCAAUGCGCGUCUAGUGAAAAGGUUCUGACCCAGCAGGCUUUGGCCAAAGGCGUGCGUACUCACGCUCUUCGUCAAGCCCGCCAACAGUGCCAGCUCCGGGAAGAAUUUACGCGCUUGUGGGAGCAU